AUGUCUCGUCAUCUCGUUCGUUCGUUCAUCUUGGCUGCGGUCCUCCCUCUCGUUAAUGCAGGACCUUGUAAGCCAUCGAGUAGCUCGGCAGUCUUGGGAUUGACUACCACCGAGUCUACUAAGACUGAUGUAGCGACGUCAACAGAUGUCGUUUCUACGAGUGAGACGUAUACACUUACGUCGACGUCUGAGGAUGUGAGCACUACUAUUGAGUCGUUUAGUAGUACUGUUAGUGAGAGUGUCUUGUUCACUACUACGGCUGAGACAUCCUCUGUUGUUUCGAGUGACGAGACCAUUGUUGCUAGCCAUACAGAUACUACUACAACCAUUGAGGACAUCACUUCAACUAUUCUCGAGUCAUCAACUACAGAUGAUCAAGUCUUGCCCACCAUAAUCUACAUCUCCACACUCACCAGCGAGUUACCCACCACUACAACAGCCGAAGACGUCACCCUCACCUCAACUGAGCCCUCUGAAACCACUACCGAGGAUGCAUCGGCUUGCAAAUACGAUAAAAGGAAUCCCCUUCCCAAAGACUUGUUAUGCGGCGGAACUGGAUAUAGCUCAGGGUCCAGCGGCGCCGGGGCCGGGAUUGUAGGCAUGGGCCGUUACGGGACAGAGCUCGAGUGUGUAGAAGACUGCGCAAGAAACCCGAGCUGCAAAUUACUGAUUGUCCUGGCGGGCAACGGCGGUUUCUGCGAGCUUUGGUCCAAGGUUUUCUCCCCAUCAGACGACGGUACUCCUUGGAAGUGGUAUGAGCCUGGGUGUUUUUGCGAAGCCGAUCCUGAGACUACAACGACUGAGGCUACAACGGCUGAGGCUACAACGACUGAGGUUUCUGAAGUUUUGCCUACCACUACAACCGAAAUCACCAGCGAGAUCGAACCUACCACUAUGGCAACCGAAGGAGUUACUCUCACCUCAACUGAAACUGUCGAAACUAUGACUGAGUCGGCUACCACUACGGUAGCCGAAGACGUUACUCUCACCUCAACUGAAACUGUCGAAACCAUGUCCGAGUCGCCUACCACUACCACUAUGACCGAAGACGUUACUCUUACCUCAACCGAGCCCUCUGAAACCACAACCGAGGCAGCCACAAUCUGUGUAAACGACAAAAAGAGUCCCCCUCCCAAGGAUCUGGUCUGCGGGACGAUGGGAACUCGUACGACGGGCGACGGAUAUAUGGGAGAGGGCCGUUAUGGGUCAGAGCUUGAGUGUGUGGAAGAUUGCCGGAAUACCCCGAGCUGUAAAUUUGUAGCUGUUCAAGCAGGCGGGUCUGGUUUCUGCGAGCUCUGGUCCCAGGUUAAUCCCACAUCAGACUUCGUGACUAGGUUUCACUGGUAUGAGCCCGGGUGUUUCUGCGAUUCACCUGAAUCUGAACCCGAGGUUACGCAAACUCGGGCACCUGAGCCUUGA